AUGUUUGACAAUGAUUAUGAGGCAGGACUACUUAAUAGGAGACGAUAUACACAAAUAUUAGAAGGAUUAGGAUUACUUUAUGUUUGUCAAAGGAAAUAUGCUUUGGAUAUUGUCAUUGAGUGUGGACUGACUGGUUGUUGUCCUUAUGAUACUCCGUUGGAACAGAAUCAUAAUCUUGCUCGCGACAAUGGUCCCUUGUUUGAUAAUCCUUCUCGUUAUUGCCGCUUAGUAGGACGCCUUGUUUACUUAUCCGUUACUCGGCCAGACUUGAGCUACGCUGUUCAUCUCCUAGCUCAGUUCCUUGCUAAACCGCGUGAACGACAUUGGACAGCUGCGGUUCGUGUUGUCAAAUACCUUAAGGGUACUCUUGGUCAGGGUAUUUUCCUCAGCUCCGAUAAGGAUCUUCAUGUCAAUGCUUAUUGUGAUGCAGCUUACUCGACUUGUCCGCUCACUAGGCGUUCUAUCACUGGCUAUGUUGUUCUUUUGGGAGAUUCUCCGGUAUCAUGGAAAACUAAGAAACAUAAGACUGUCUCACGUUCUUCUACUCAAGCUGAAUACAGAGCGAUGUCUUUCACCUACUCGGAGAUUCAGUGGCUAAUGGAAUUGCUACCUGUGUUUGACAUUGUUCAUAAGGAACCUGUUUCUUUCUACUGUGACAAUGAAUCAGCCAUCAAGAUUUUGAAGAAUCCGGUUUUUCACGAACGCACAAAGCACAUCAAGAAUGACUGCCAUAUCAUCCGUGACGCAUUUCAGUCUAGUGAGCUUACUCUAGUGUCUGUCUCCACUAAAGAACAGGUGGCCGACUUCUUGACGAAGGCAUUGGGACGAAUUCAAUUCAUUUAUCUACUUGGCAAGAUGGGAGUUCGGGAUAUCUACUCGCCAUCUUGA